AUCAAAUCAGUGGAUAGCAGCUGACAACAGCUGAAAAUUUCUGAGAUAUAUGUGUAAGCUAUAUGUAUGUGAAUAAUUGUAGGGAUAAAAAAAGUUAAUGAGAUAAAUGCAAUGUAAGCCUCGAUUAGGGCUUCCAUUGUGACAAACUUUGAUCCUUCGAUCAUACGUCGGUGUAGCUAGAUAAUUGACAGCGAUGCGGCGGUGAUACAGUAAUCUUGAAAGCGUCGGUAUGUCGUCUAGAAACUCUCAUUAUAAUCAUGAUGAUGCGCACAAAUGUAAAUUUCGCAAGGUUGAUUAAUAAAUCUUACGCGUAUUUGCAAUUUAUUACACGCACUAAAGUCCCGUUUACUUAAUUAACGCAACGACAUAUAUAUAAUAAUGUUCACAACUGUGUGCGUGCUCUAACGACCUUUUGGAUCCAAUUGUACUAUGAUGGGCAUAUUGUAUGAGAAAAGGCCGCUGAAAAGACCGAGGCUAGGCCCACCAGACGUUUAUCCGCAGGAGCCGAAGCAGAAGGAGGACGAGCUCUCCCUCACAAACGUCAAGCAUGGUUUCACCACUAUACCUCAGCUUGCGGAUGAGUUUGGAACGGCCAGAAGUUCCAAUGUCACUGCCGCCAAGGUUGGCGCGUAUUUUAACGCGAUCCUCGCCAAAAAAGAGGAACUCGCGACGAUGCCCGACACUGGCAGGAAGAGACAGCAGAUUAAUCCCAAAGACAACUUUUGGCCAGUGACAGCUAGAACUAAGAACGGUAUCGAAGCAUGGUUUAAAGAUCUGUCAGGCAGCAAGCCUCUGGUCGCUCUUGCGAAGAAAGCUCCAAACUUCAAUAAAAAGGAGGAGAUAUUUAUGAUGCUCUGCGAAUAUCAAGUACCAAUGCUAAGAGCAGCUUGGUUUAUUAAGCUCAGUUCAGCUUAUACAGUUGCAGUUUCAGAGGCCAAGCUAAAGAAACGUCAGCUGCCUGAUCCAACUACAGAGUGGACAGGUACCUUGAUAAAAUUUUUGAAAGACCAAUUAUCAAAACUGCAAGAGUACUAUCAUAUGGGCAAUCAUGUAGCCAAUACCAGUAACAAUAGUAGUACAACAAACAAUUCUUGCAACAGCAAUGGAACUGUUGUGACAAAUAAUAGCAGUAAUAACACUACUAGUAACAAUAACAAUGUUAAUAAUAAUAAUAACACGAGCAAUAAUAACAAUUCUGUCAAUAAUCAACCACCAACACCUACUUCAAGCAGUCAGCCUGUAACAGGCAAUACAAUGAAUGAAGAACAUAAAUUAGCGCUUAAACAAUGGCACUAUUGUGUACAGCUGGCUAAAUACAUGUUUGAGGAAGGCUUGCUAGAUAGACAAGAGUUGUUACAAUGGAUCUUAGAAUUAUUAGAUAAGAUUAGAUCUUCACCCUCGGAAGAUGGUAUACUAAAGCUCCUAUUACCAUUAGCUUUGCAAUAUUUAGAGGAGUUUAUACAGUCUGAAUUAUUAGCCAGACGAUUGGCAUAUUUGUGCUGUCGUAAAUUAGCACACAUGUGCAAUAAUAUUGAAAGUAACAACAAUCCUCAGAGUCCUUCCAUUACUAAGAAUGAAGUUAAUGGCAGUAAGGACACUACUGUUGCUGUUCAAGGGCCAUUAAAUCCUUUGACAAUUGCUUUCAAUGAUUAUUUAACUUGUGCGCAUCACAGAGAUAUAAUUUACAGUUUAUCUACUAUAAUACAGGUGAUAACCCUAGAGUGUCCUACAUCAUUAGUCUGGAAUAGCGUUGGCGAGGGAAAGGCUCCAUCAGUUUUGAAUGGAUCACCCUUAGAUUAUUUACCGUGUCCUCCUGCAGCUUUGCCAUGUCCACCAGCGAGUUCCGGCAAUCCUACAAUGAAACAACUUAGAAUCGCGCAAGAAAAUAUAAAAGCACGAUCUCAAGCAGCGGAAGGUAGAUGGUCGUGUGACAAAUGGCAACAGAGCAGUGCUGGAACAACGACUACUAAAGUAUUGGCUGCACUAGACGCUCUCGAUCGACAUAGUUUUGAUAGAAUGGAUGCUUCUAAUUCACUCGAUACAUUGUAUGCAAAAAUCUUUACACCACCGCCGAAAGAUAACUGUAACGAACGUGACACAAAGACAGAAUAUAAUCCACAACAGGAUUCAGCAGUAGUUGAAAUUUUGUGCGAAUGGGCAGUAAGCGCCGAACGUUGGGGAGAACAUAGAGCAAUGGCGGUUGCUAAACUUCUUGAAAAAAGACAGAGUGAGGCUACUGGCGAGACAAAUGAUAAUGAUGACAAAGACAGUACGUGCAGUAAUGGAAGUCCACCUGUACUUCCAAUCUUUCAACCCUUGUUAAUGAAAUUUUUGGAUGUGGACGCACCAGUAUUAGAUAAUACUUCAGUUCAAUCUAAGGCUCAGUUUACGAAUUUAGUUCAUCUGUUUUCGGAAUUAAUAAGGCACGAUGUUUUCUCACAUGAUGCAUACAUGUGCACUCUUAUUUCAAGAGGUGAUCUUAUACAAGGUCCAGUAGCUAGCAAACCUGGAACACCCAGUAACAGAGAACCAAUUGAUGAAGAUAGUCUUUUUCCGGGUAUAGAUUUAAAACCAACUAAAUUGGAAGUACCAGAUCAUGGACGUACUAUGGACUAUGAUGAUAGUAAAAUUGAUGAUGAUUUAGACAAAUUAUUACAGCAUAUUAAAGAGGAUCAACAAAAUAGCAUGGAUGCACCAGACAGCCCUAAAGAGGAUGCAUUGACUGGACAUGGAGGCCAUGAAAGUCUCGAUUCAAAGAUGCCAUCGAGUCAUAGCAGGCAUUUAUUGUACACUACCCAUUUCCCUCUGCCACAAGAUGAAACAUGUAGUCAGCAUGACUGUAAUCAGCGACAUGUAUUACUUUAUGGUGUUGGACGUGUCAGAGAUGAAGCCAGACAUGUUGUGAAAAAAAUGACGAAAGAAGUGUGUAAACUAUUUGGCAAGAAAUUUAGCAUUGAUGUUGCAGAAGGUGGUAAAGUGAAAAAACACUCUCGAAAUGAAUUUAAUUUUGAAGCUGUCACUAUGAAGUUUCAAAAUCUAAGUUAUUUUGAUCAACAUGUUGUGACGUGGCAAUGUGCAACACAAGUUAUAGAAAUGCUUAACACAUUUGCAUUAUCUGGUUCAUCUUACUUACCAGUCCAUGAACAUGUAGCUUUUCUUUUUGAUCUGAUGGAACUGGCAUUGAAUAUAUAUGGCCUAAUCGACGUUUGUAUACAAAUUCUGAAAGAGUUACCAGAAGUAGAAGCCCAGUUGACAACUAGAAACAGUCAAUUAGUUAGAAGUUAUACCACAAAUCUGAGUUUGUAUGUGGUUGGUGUUUUAAGAAGAUAUCACUGUUGUUUAUUAUUAUCACCUGAACAGACGACAGCAGUGUUUGAUUUAUUAUGCAAGGUAGUGAAGCAUGUCUCAAAUCCAAGUGAUUGCAGUUCUGCUGAACGAUGCGUAUUAGCGCAUUUGUAUGACUUAUAUUCGACAUGUUCCCUUCUGAAAACGAAAUCACAUGGAGUGGAGGCAUUUAGUAAUGCUUAUCCAAAAAUUCGUGCUGCUCUUUAUAGUACGUUGCAACCAACGCCUUCAAGCCACGUUUAUAAUUCGCAAUUUAUGGUGGAUGUCUUUACUAGUCCACGAAGAGGUGGAAAAAUUGAGCCACAAUGGGCAAGACAGUUGAAUGAAACGCCGGCUAAUCGUUACAGUUUUGUUUGCAAUGCAAUUGUUGCGGUUUGCAGCGAAACGGAUAAUGAUAAACUCAAUGAUAUUGCUAUAACUUGUGCGGAAUUAACUGCGUGUUGUAAUGCUCUCAAUGCUGAAUGGUUGGGAGUACUUAUAGCACUUUGUUGUUCCUCCAAUAGUUCUGCUUUCUAUAUCGAUGUAUUAAAUCAAGUUGAUGUCCAAGAUUUAAGUAUACAUAAUUCUUUGGCUAUAUUUACAUCAAUUUUAAUUGCAAGGCAUUGUUUCUCUUUGGAAGAUUUUGUUGUGCAUAUAGCAUUACCAUCAUUAGUAAAAACUUGUAACGACGGGCGUGGCGAUAUUGAUAUCGAAGCAGAAGCGGGUGCACGUUUAACUUGUCAUUUAUUAUUGAGACUCUUCAAAACUGUCGAAUGUCCGCAGCCAGCUUUAUACUCGGUUAGCACGAGUCCUCAUCCACUUCCAAGUGGAAAUACAAGGGGUUACAGUAUAAAAUUAAGCUGCGAUAGGCACUUAUUGGCUGCUGCACACAAUAAUAUAAGAGUAGGACCAGUACUGGCAGUACUCAAAGCUAUAUUAGUCGUAGGAGAUGCUACAGCCACCAAACAGCCCCCAAAGAAAGUUGAUAUACCUUUGAGCCAUUCCAGUAAGGGAGGUGGCCCAGCCAGUGUUGGAGUUGGAGUCGGUGUGAGCGGUAGUGGACCUGGUGAAUUAUCUAUCAGCCACAUUUUAGGAACUAGUGAUAUCUUAGGCGGCGGUGAUGAUCUCGGUCUCGAUCUGGCUAUGUCUUCAUCCAGUAGUAGCGCUGGCAUGACAACGGAAAAUGUGAAGGGAUUUUCUGAUUUCGCUCAUCACGUUUUACGUCAGAUUUGCAGUCAAGAAUGGGUACUAGAGAGAUGUUUACAAAAUCCAGAAGAACUCUGUCAUCAAGAUAUGCUGUUGGAUAAUAUGUUGAUACCACGACAGGCGCAAAAAUUAUUACAUAUGAUUUGUUAUCCUGAAACUCCAACUGAAGCUUUUAUUGAUCAGAAGACUCAUAUUACGAAUAUUUUGGAGAAUCUGGAGCAGUGGAGCUUGAGAAUGUCGUGGCUGGAUUUACAACUUAUGUAUAAACAAUUCGCACCAGGCUGCAACGAUCUUUCUCAGUGGUUGGAUACAGUCGCAAAAGCUGCAAUUGACGUUUUUCAAUUGAAUAAUACUUUGAGCAGCAAACCUGAUAAAAGAUCGGGUUCUAUAUGGCUAGUUGCUCCACUGGUUUCUAAGUUACCAAGUGCGGUACAAGGCCGAGUUCUUAAAGUAGCAGGACAGGUAUUAGAAUCUGGUAAUUGGUCGAAAACAGCUGGUCGCGAGAGAGGCAGAUCCAAAUCGCCCUCCUUAUUCAAUCACCAGCCAUUUUUAUCAUUAGUAUUAACAUGUUUGAAAGGACAAGACGAUCAGAGAGAAGGCUUAUUGACAUCACUACAUUCACAACUUUCACAGUUCCUGAAUACCAGUAAAGAGGAGAAGCAUAUUGGCUCUGAAGAUCCUAAAACCAGAGAAGUGUUGCAAGAUGCAUUGCAAUUAAGAUUCAGUCUCGUCGGAGGUGUUUUUGACACAAUACAGAGAAAUACGACUGCUACAACGGACUGGGCAAUUUUAUUAGUUCAAUUGGUCAGCUAUGGUGUUAUAGAUUUAAAUAAUAAUGCAGAACUUUUUACCACCGUUAUAGAUAUGCUAGCAACGCUAAUCCACUCUACUUUAGUGUCAGAUUCGCAGUCUGAAAAAGAUGAGAAUAAAAAACACUAUCAAAACUUAAUGAAAAAAUUGAAGAAAGAAUUGGGCGAUAGAAAUUCUCCAAGUAUUCGUUUUGUUAGACAACUCCUACCUUUGCCGAAAUUGGCUAUGGAAGUCAUCAAUUGCGAACCAGUCGGAUGUUUGACUGAUACUAAAGGUAACAAGAUUGCUGGAUUCGAUAGCAUCGAUAAAAAACAGGGAUUGCAAGUAUGUGAUACUCAAAGAGUGUCGGCAUGGGAGCUCUUAGAAGGUCAUAAAAAUCCUGCACCACUUUCUUGGGCUUGGUUUAGAGCUGUUCGGUUGGAACGUAAACCUCUUACGUAUCAAAAUGCGCACAAACUAUUACGAUAUCAUACACACAGUCAAAUUCGUCCAGCCAGCUAUUAUUUGGAUCCACCACCAUUACCGCCGGAAGAUUUAGAGCCGGAUAAGAAAGAAUCAGAACCUGGCAAAGCAGAUACUCCAAUGAGUAUUGAUUCACCAGGACGAGUUGGCGGUAGCGUGGGUAACGCUGGAGUGGGUAAUGCUAGCACUAAUGGUAAAGGGAAAGCUAUGAAAAAUAAACGACAUAAUAGACGUGCGAAAGGCGCUGCUACACCUACAACGCCCAUAUCACAGCAAAUGCAGCAACCACCUCAAUUGCAACAAAUGGCAUUUGCUAAUCAACAAGCUCCUGUUGCGCAACAACCUGGAAUGUUUACUGGACAACCACCGCAGCCUCAACAACAAUGGUAUGGCAAUCAACAGACUCACACACCAGCACAACAGUAUGGAUAUGGACAACAAUUGCCACCUACACCUGUUGGUGGUCCACGUUAUGAGAGGCCAGGGAUGAAUAAUCAGUCCAAGCAAGCUUUAUCCAACAUGCUACGCUUGCGAUUACCGUCCACUCAAUUCAUGGGUUCGCAGCAGCAGCCACCGAAUGCCACACCAGUCACUGGACCGGGUACAUUCCAAGGAAUCCAAGGAAUGCAGAGGCAACAGUUUAUUAGGCAACAGUUAAGAGCACAACAUGGGGCACCUGGUAUAAAUCCACAACAGAGUAUGUUUGCAGCACAGCAACAACAACAGCAGCAGCAACAACAACAACAACAACAACAACAACAAGGAUUAUAUGCUGGAAUUCAACAAGGUAUGAAUCAAAAUUAUGCAGGAUAUGGCGGCCAGCAAAUGAUACAACAGCAGCAGCAGCAACAGCAGCAGCAAACGCCACAGCAAACGCAGCAGCAACAGCAAUUACUCCAACAGCAGCAGCAGCAACAACAACAAGGCAUUCUGAAUCAACAGCAAAAUAUGAUGUUUAAUCAACAGCAGCAAAUGAUGGCUCCACAGAGAGGACAAGAAUAUAUGCCACAACAAAGAAUGCAACCUGGUGCUGCAAGGCCGCCCUAUUUACAGGCGCCGAACGUAACAAUGAAUGCAAUGGGACCAAUGGGUGGAGGGGUUCAGAAUCAACCUACUCCUCCUUAUCGACAAUCUGCUGGGAAGCCGGGUGCAGUUGGAGUGACAGGAGUAGGAGCGACCAAUGUUAGCUUGCAGCAAAAUCAACAGUUCCAGCAGCAACAAGUCAUCAACCAACGCAUGAGACAACAAAUGUUGGCCAUGCAACAACAGCAGCAAGCACAGCAGCAACAGCAGCAGGCUGCUCAACAGCAGCAGCAGCAACAGCAGGGUGGUGCUGGUGGCCAACAACCAACUCCUCAGCUUGUGACACAUUUGCAGAGGCACUUGAGUCAACCACCACAACAUUCCUAUCAGCAUCCGCCACCUUAUUGAAAAUUUAAAAAUAUUUUAUAUUCAGAAUGUGCUAAUUACAUCAAUGCAUAUAAUUAAAAUAGAUCAUUUUAUUCCGAAUUUUAUGUUGCAAGCUGAAUAGACAAAUGACGCCUGCAAUAGAAUGCAAAAGAAGUGUAAAUUCUCUAAAAAAAUGUUUUUAUCUGACUUGCUAUAAUCUUUUUUACUAGUUAAUAUUUUUUACAUACUUGGAUGCGAUUAUAUUUAUUAAUUUCUUGAUAUAGAAAAAUAUCAAAAUUAUGAAUCUUAUAUCAAACCUAAUAUCAUGAUUAUUUUUGCUAAUUGGCUGUUUCUACAAUUAUUAUGGUAUUUUUGAUCAUCACAAAUUAUUUUUAAUUGAAAAAUCAAAUAUAUAAAUAAGU